UUUCAAAACAACUUUAUUGACAAAGAACAUUUUGACACAGGCUAAGUUUCUUUAGCCUGGUAAUGCUAAAAGUUACUUUAACAUUGCAACAAUUACAUAUUCCUGAAAAUUUUAAUUUCCUUUAACUGGAGGGUAUUAAAUGUCRGUAUUUCCUAUUUUUAUGUUGUUAAUUUGAUGCCAGCGUUUUAAAAUAAUGCAAAACAUGCACAUUUUUUUCAUUAAAAGUUCAUUAUAACUGGUUCAGAUUAUUGAUAACAAGUUUUAAUGUCUACUGGAAAACAUCUUGAUAGCUACUCAUUAAAAUCACAUUCGUUAGAACUGAUUUUAGUCUCUUGCACACACCCCGAGAGUCUAGUUGGAUAGUCUGUCUGUUUAUAAGAAAAAUAAAUAGCUCAUCAACCAAAACUAAAGGCUGUAUCACAAAUAUGCAUCUUCCAGAUUUAUUUGCAGCUUUAAAAUGUGCACUUGGAAGUUUAUUAUUCCUGCUUUAGGUUGAUGAAAAUAGCUUGUAAACGUUUAAAACAAGCUGUCAAACAGAUCACGUCAGCUGUGCGAUUGGCUUGCCACACACACACACACACACACACACACACACACUCAGCAGGUAGCAACAUGUGUGGUGCAGUUUCCACCUGGGGCACGCCUGCUGCACAGUCAGAGUUGCCAGAGCGACCGGGCGGGGCCCUUAUUGCUGCAACACGCCACACCUCCUUUGUCCAUGGUUAUAGGUACAGUCAGACAGAGAGACAAGCAGACAGAGGAGAGGGAGACAGCUGGUGGGGGUGUCAGAGUCCACUCCAAGUCAUCAGGUGUGGAGCAGGUUCCUGUGUUUGUCCUGAACCCGUCUCACCCACCUCACCUGUCUCUCCCCACCUGACAGUGGACGGGGCUGAUCUGCACGGCUAUCAAAACACUGGUCUGGAACCACCAACAACAUGAACGCAAGUAGUGCCGUCCCAGCAGCCGAUGGUGAAGCUUCCACUGGAACCUGGGCGAUGAACACCACUCUCGCUGUGUUGCAUCAAACAGGAGACGAGGCAACGACAGACGGUCACUCAGCUGGUAAGGAGGAGGAACGCAGAAAGGAAACACCUGCUGCAUGUGAAGAAGAUGACCUGCAGGUGUUUGACUUCCAGCCAGCUCCUCCCAGCAGUCUGUCUCUGUCAGGACCACGACCCACGAAGAAGAAAGUCCUGACAGCUCCAGAACUCAGCCUGUCUUUAGGUGGCAGCAUGUCGAUGGCGUCUGAUGACUUCCCCUCAGGCUUGCUCUCCCCGUCACCUGACGAGGCCGAUGACAUCGGACUCGACAUCGACCUGGARGCCAUGGAGACGCCCUCAGAUAGCGAAUCGCUGCACUUCCCCAUCUAUGACAUGAACCUAGAAGACGACCUGCGACGUCUCGGCGUGGCAUCCCGUCAACACAGGGCCUCUGGCUCCAGGUCAGAUUCACGUUCCGGUUCUCUCCCAGGGGUCGACCAGAACGGGCUGGGAGCUCUGGACAAGGAGGACGUGGUGGACAGUGAGGGAACCAGGUGGCGCUGCUUCUCCACAGGUGACCCUCCGCAGGAGUCUCGGGUCAACAUGAGCGUUCUGGAGCCGUUCCUGAGGGUGCUGUCACAUGGAGGUUAUUAUGGUGACGGUAUGAAUGACAUCAUCGUGUUUUCCUCCUGUUACCUGCCGGAGAACACGAUAGAGAAUUACCAGUAUGUGAUGGACAACCUGUUCAGGUUCAUCAUCGGGACUCUGGAGCUGAUGGUGGCAGAGAAUUAUGUGAUCGUUUAUCUUUGUGCUGGAGGACAGAAGGAUAAACUUCCUGGAAUCAGCUGGCUGAAGGACUGUUACACCACCAUCGACAGGAGAUUGAGGAAGAACCUAAAGGGUUUCUUUGUGGUUCAUCCCACCUGGUACAUCAAAGUUCUGAUCACCAUCAUCAAACCCUUCAUCAGCUCCAAGUUCAGCAGGAAGCUGCAGUUUGUCGACAGCCUCCAGGAGCUGUCUCACCUCAUCCCCACUGAGCACGUGCAGAUCCCUGACUGCGUCAAACAGUACGACCAGAGCCAGAGCAGGUGAAGCUCAGGUGAUUCUCUAGUGGGAUGUAUUUACCAGUCCUCCUCCUAAAACAGGAAGUGCUUCGUCCUCGGAGACAGUCUGAGUCAGUGACCCCGGAAGCUUCAGAUGGAGAUGAAGAACAAGCGUUGGUUUUAAAGUUUUUAUCUUGGAAACAGUGUUGGUGGAGAUUUUGGCUGCAGAUGAGGAAAAAAAGCACAAGACCUACUUGAUUUUAAAUUCUUUUUUUGUAUUAUUGAUCUCAGCUAUCAGUUUAUGGGAAACAUUUCAGCAAAGACUUUAAAAUAAAGUCGGACAGAUCCAGACGGAUAUACAGCGGGUAAAAUAAGUAUUG